AUGUCGCAGCUGUGGGAUCCCAGCCGGGCGGCGUGGCUCUAUCCUUUUCGGGGUAUUUACUACUUUGCAGCUCAUCGAUUCCUGUGGCCCUUGUUCAAGGCUCGGCUCAUUCCCAUCGUCCUAUUGUCCAGUUUCGUCUAUUUCCUGCUCUUCUUUUUCACCUAUCUACCCCAAGUCGCCUUUUUAGCCAUCUUCCAAGGUGCGGGAGCAUGGGUCAACGGUGCGUUCCUCGUGCUUGGCGAAGGUACCGCAAUCGUCGCCGCCCUAUUUGAGGCUUUCUUUGUGGAUGAGACCCUAGUGGAUAUUUUCGAUUCAGUGCUGGUCAACGAAGGCCAGGAAGAGCUUGUGCUUGCUUCGCGAGUCAUCUACCCAGAAGCCGGUGACCCGGCCAGCCGGCUCGGCACCCCGACAACCAGCGCUGUCUAUUCGCCGUUCUCGCUGCGGCAGAUCGUCGAAUUCAUUUUGCUUCUGCCUCUCAAUUUCAUUCCCGUGGCCGGCACCCCCAUGUUUCUAAUCUUAACUGGUUAUCGAGGGGGUCCGUUCCACCACUGGCGGUAUUUCCAGCUUUUGGAUUUCACGAAGCAGCAGAGAAAGGCUAGCGUGAGUCGACGGCAGCUGCAGUAUACCACGUACGUAAUGUCCCUCUGUCCUUCUCAGUCGACUCUCCCUUGUCCUAACCAGACCUCUAGCUUUGGAACUGUCGCCCUGAUUCUCCAGUUGAUCCCACCUUUCUCCAUGUUAUUCCUCAUGACCACCGCAGCUGGCGCAGCAUUGUGGGCUUCCGAUCUCGAGCGCAAACGGCAGCUUGCUAACCAGCGACCCACCCGACUAGGCGACAAUUAUCAUGACGAUUUUACGGUAUAA